UCAAGAAUUAUACGCAACAAGAGACAACUAGUGUAGCAGUGUAGUUGUCCCCUACAUGAUCUCAUCGUCGUCGAGGAAGAAAAAGUCAGACAACACAGCAGGAGUCGCUAAUCCAAACGGACAGCCAUGGAAGCCGCUCUGCGAAAUCCAGACCCAUCUUCGCUCGCUUCAGUCUCUGGCGUUAAUCCUCGACGCUGCUGCAACCGCCUCGCCCAUGUCCGGGUUCCCACUGAGGGUUGGAUUAGCCGAAGGAGGAGUAGGAAUAGGUUCUCGUUGUCCUUGACUAUCAGGGCGGCUCAAGAUUCAACUACGAUAGAGGAACUGGAUCCUUUUGAGUUGAAGCUGAAAAACCCGGCCAUCUCAACUUCGUAUCGGAAUCCCGAGCUUCACGAGCCGAAUCAGACCGUGUUGGAUGCUCAGGCUAAGGUCUGCACCGGCCCGACCCAAACCAGACCUCUCAACGAAGACCAAGCAUUCAAAGUCUUACAAACCAUUCUAAAAUCAGCUAAGGGAGAGCUGAAAGAUGAAGAGGCAGUAUCAAAAGCACAACUUGGGGCGUUUUUCGCUGGAAUGACUAUUAGAGCAAAUACAUUUCCGGAGGCAACACAAUGGAGUGAUGGGGAAAGGCGAGCUAUGGAUGUUUUUUGGCCCCAGUUGAUUCGGGUGCUACCUCCGGAUAUUAUCUUUAUAGCUGAUCCGGAAGGUUCAUUAAUGGGAGUUGGCAGCUCAAUAGGUCCCCGGUUUGUUGGGAAUAACACUUCUGAAAUGAGACUAGUGGGCGCCUUAAGGGAAGUUUUGGCUGGAGGUCAUCUUGGAUAUGAGGAGGUUCAGGGUGUUCUGAAAGAUGUUCUUCCCCUGCAAAUGGAAGAGGGUGCAUUGUCGGGUGUGAGAGAGUCAUUGCUUUCGGCAUUUCUGAUUGGGCAACGCAUGAACAGAGAGUCGGAUCGUGAGCUGAAAGCUUACUGUCUUGCAUUUGAUGAUGAACUAGGCCCUGCACCUGUUGCUGAUGUUAACUCACUCACCCAUUACGGUGAACCUUAUGAUGGAAACACCCGCUAUUUCAGAAGCACACUAUUUGUUGCUGCUGUUAGAUCCUGCUAUGGUGAAUCUUGCUUGCUCCAUGGCGUGGAUUGGAUGCCACCAAAGGGUGGUGUCACUGAAGAACAAAUGCUGAAGUUCAUGGGUGCAUAUACCCAGUUAUCACCAUUGCAAGCCAAAAAGCUUCUCGAGGACGACAAGGUUGGUUUUGCUUACGUAAGUCAGCGUGAAGCCCGUCCAUCUUUACAUUCUUUAGUUGGAUUGAGGGAACAUAUAAAGAAGCGCCCACCAUUGGCAACUUCAGAAAAGGUUCAACAAAUUGUAAGGGCACAAGGAAAGGAAGCAAUUGUUGCCAGCUUUUAUCAUGAAGGUUAUGAAGAGCCACUACUAAUGCUUAUGAGAAGGAGAGGUGUUCAUUCUGGUUUAGUGGUGAAGGGGGAGGAAGGUGCACUGUCAAUGACCACUAAAUCACGAUCAGUAAAUGCAUCAAAAGGUUUACCGGUGAAUUACUGUUCAGGAUUUCGUUCAGCAAAUAGGACACCUUCUAGUGUAGCUGAUGGUGUGUCACGUGAGAGUUUUAAAUUUGUGGUGAACGCAGAGAACUAUGGCUUUGAACCCACUGAUACUCCAAGAACUGAUAGAUCGGUUGCAAGGAAUGUAGAAUUGGGUUUAGCUGUUUUACGAGGUGAGAAAGGUCCAGCAUAUGAUCGAAUCGUCUUGAAUGCUGGAAUGGUCGACCAUUUCCUUGGAUGUGAAGGUGCCGAAGAUGUGUCUGCAGCCCUGGAUAGAGCAAGAGAGGCCAUAGAUAGCGGUAAUGCCUUAAAGAGACUCUUGAGGUACAUACAGAUAUCUAAUAGAGUGCGAUGAAAGUUGAUGCAUACAGUGGUGAACAUUUUUCCCGUGUUUUUUGUUGCACCUUAUGUUCCACUGAUAAACAUUGUACACUUUGUUUCACAACUAUGAAAAUGAGAUAAUCAUAGUUACAUUUUUUUUUUUGUUGUAAAGUCGGUUUUCUCUCCACUUUGUUGUCAACCUACAAACAUGUUUCGAGUUUUUGACAAAGAUGUAAGUUGUUUCAGGACAGGUUGAAUGGCUAGAGCUUAUGUUAUUGUUGUCAUGCAAAA